AUGUAUACUCCAAUAAAUCUUGGAUUUGAUAUGAGAUUAUCUGAUAGUGUAAUCACAAGGUCUAAAAUGAAACUGCAUACAAUUCUACUUUCAGGAUCACAUUUUAGAAUUGGACAGUUAAGCUUUUACCCAUCUCUAGUACCCUUAUACGCUGUGGUCCAUGCGUUGUUCUGGUUGCCUGUAGGCUACUUUAUUGCAAUUGCAUAUGAUCAUGUACAACCAAUUGUCCCAUAUACGAGUGCACUGGGUAUUUAUCCACCGGAAAAGUAUAUGUUUAUGGCCUUGAUGGGUUCAUAUGGAGUACUAACAAUUAUCAGUCAGUGGCUUUGGUGCUUUAUGAUGAGAAAAAAAUUCAAGAGAAAAUCGUGGUCCACAGUCGGUCAGCAUUUGUGUGUCUUAUCAGCGAUAACCUUCACAGUAUCCGGCAUUUGCAUCGUGAUACUGUCCUUCAUUAACAUGAAGUCAGAUAACAGAACCCAUUACAACUUGACUCUGCUGAAUUUCAUUUGUCACACGAUUGGUAUUCCAUUGAGUACCUUGCUUGUUGCAUAUGUUUUUCGACCAUGGGUGUGGUUUUGCUUGGCCAGAGUAUUAGUUUCUCUCCAGAUGAUAAUAGGAUCAUAUUCUUUUGUGUAUUUCAAUAAAGCUGGUCUACGGGUUUUGGAUGCAGAAGAUUUCUACUAUAUAAAAUCACAUGAACCGGGUUAUAAAGAAAUUGCAUUGAGUGCUUUUAGUGAGUGGUUCGUUAUCUUUGGAUGCGUAGAACUCACAUUGAUCACUGGAUUAGAAUUACGGAAAUAUGAAAAACAAUAUGCUGACAAAGAUUGA